CGGGCUGCGGGCUGCCACAGUCAGCGCUGGGGCUGGCCUGGGCUUGCAGACCUGAGCCCCACGAACAGCCCCAGCGGCGGUGGCGCAGGCGAGCCGAAGAAAAGGGACCUUUAUGCCUUUUGGGGGGAAGCACACAUUCUGCGAGGCCAUGGAAACAAAGAGAGGAACUGUUUCUAGCCCUAAUCCCAACAUCUCAAACCAACAGCAAACAGCCCCCUUCUCGAUGCUGUGACUCAGAAGCUGCUCAGGCCCAUCUGCUCAGAUCGCUCAUUGACCAGAACUCGGGGAAACUGAGCUGCAGAGGUGUGAUCUUGAGUCCGGGGUGGCUGAUUAAGGAAACGUCCCUGCUCCUUCCAUUCUCCUGGAGUCCAUCCUUGCAUGUGUUGAAGAGGGAACCUUCUCCCCACCUCAUCAAAGAUCACCUAUGAGCCCACAGGCGUGUAAUAAAGAAAUCAAGCCACAUAUUUGACUCUGGCCCCUUCAAGGACGGCAUGAUAACCUUCACACUCCACCUGAAGUCCUACCUUCCCCCUGCCAUUAGGACCCUGAUUCUACAAAAGAAACCAAACAUCAGGAAUGUGUCCGGCAUGGCUGGGGGGCUCCGACCGGCCAGCGUGGUGGUCCUGCACCAGUCCCUGGCUCCAGCCUUUGAAAAGUUCUGUCAAGCCAACAGUGGCCCUCUGCCCUUGCUGGGCCUCCGCAAGCCAGGCACGUGGCCCUUGCCUGUCCCGAACACUGUCCUGGACCCCACGACGGGCUGUCCCCAGUUCCAGAAGUACGAGUUCGGCGCCUGCAUGGGCAGCCUGACCUCGCUGGAGGACUACACGGAGCCCCUGGAGGACAUGGUGGCCUUCUUCGUGGACUGCGGCUUCUCCCCGGAAGCAGCCCUGGAGAAGGUGGGGCUCCCCAGAGGAGACUUGGCCCGCCACGGUCUCAUGGGGGCCUACAAGACAACAGUGUCUUGUGUCGCCAUGGCUGGCUUUUGCUGCCCCCUGGUGGUCACAAUGAGGCCCAUCCCCAAGGACAAGCUGGAAAGGCUGGUGCAGGCCAGUUGCUCCAUGGGAAAUAAGGGACAACCCGUUCAUAUCGGUGACCCAGGUGAGUUGGGAAUCAAAGAUCUUUCCAAACCUGACUAUGGAGAUCCUGUGGUGUGUCAACCAGGGGACGUCCCAGUGUUCUGGACUUCUCAGAUGACCUCAAAGCUGUCAGCAGCUGCAGUACAGACCCCACUGGCUUUCACCAGUGCGCCGGUGACAGUCAUGACCAACCUGAAGGAUACAAAGGCUCCAGUCCGUUGUCUUACCCCUGAGGGAAUUGCAGGCGUGAACCUUCCACCAGAGGUCCAUCGCAUUUCCCAAGAUCCUUUGCACUACAGCAUGGCAUCUGCUUCAGCUGUUCAGAAGAUUAGAGAACUAGAGACUAUAAUUGCCAUAGACCCAGGCCAGCAGGGGAUCGGACACCUGCUCUGCAGAGAUGAGCGGCUGCGAGACUCCCUGUUGCUGUCGCACGUCCGCUCGGUGCUCGUCACCACCGGCUGCCCCACACACUUCAACCACCAGCCCCCAGAAGAGACGGGCCCUCCGGGGGCCAUGGCCCUGGCCGCCUUCCUGCAGGCCUUGCGGAAGGGCGUCUCCAUGAUCGUUGACCAGAGAGCCUUGAGUUUGUUCGAGAGGCUUGUGGAAGAAGCUGUUGAGCAAGGUGUUCUGAAGACACCGAUCCCCUUAUUAACUUUCCAAGGUGAAUCAGCGGGAGCCGCUCAGGCAUUUCUCUGCAAAGAUGGAGACCCCAAGUCACCGAGUUGGAUUAUCAAGACAAGAUUCCUCCUAAUUACAAAAGCAACCACAAAUACCACCACUUCCUGUGCCCUGAGAGUCAGUGACGGGGGCAAUGAGCUUGGGAUGGGCAAAGUCGAGGAGGCUGUGAAGAGACACAUUCGAAAUGGGGAUGUGAUCGCCUAUGACGCGGAGGCUGACUUUGCUGUCAUCACUGGUGUUUCUAACUGGGGAGGCUAUGCCUUGGCCUGUGCACUGUACAUCCUAAACUCAUGUGAGGUCCACCAACGUUACCUAAAGAAGGCAGUUGGGCCCUCCAGAGCACCUGGGGAACAGAACUGGACUCAGGCCCUUCCAUCUGUUGCCAAGGAAGAAAAGAUGUUGGGCAUCCUGGUGCGGCACAAAGUUCGGAGUGGAGUCUCGGGCGUCGUGGGCAUGGAGGUGGACGGGCUGCCCUUCCACGGCACCCACGCCCAGAUGGUCCAGAAGCUGGUGGAUGUUGCCACAGUGUGCGUGUGACUGUGCCCGUGGACCGCAUACCAGAUGGCCGUGCCUGGACCUCGGGAGGAGCUCCCCGAGGGCCCCCGGCUUCUUUCCACGAAGGCUAUGCACAUAAACACUGGCCCUGGGUGAGCCCCACCUGGGACCCUGCAGGACCACUGCCUGGGACGGGACCGUGCGGAUGAUACGGACCGAGGAGAAUGGUUCUUUGGGGUUUUUUCUUUUCUUCCUAAGUGCUUAGAGGCUUUGAUUUCAACCCUCCUCCUCCUGGUUCCUUCAGGGCACCCACGUGGUGAGAGUCAGCUGACCAACCGCGCAUGGGGACACCCGCAAAAAUAUUCCUUGCCAGGCAGACAGAAGAGCACGCACGACCAGGGCCGUGAAUAAUCCCCCAGGCUAACUAAGAAAUAGUAAAAUGUACAAAUACGUAGUGUCUAUUUACGAAGCUCUGGGACUUUACCACCAGCACCAAAAUAUUUAUACCUCUGAAAUGCUUUCUUUUUCAAACAACGUUUUGUUUGCGUGGGCCUUCAAGCCUUACGUUUAUCACCAUCACCUUCUGUGAGGCCCCCACCUCCCUUCACUCCCACAGGUCCUGACACCCCCCACCCCUAGGAGUCUGACACUUCUCCCACUCCCUCCCCAUAUGCUCAGCCCCAGGCCAGAGCCGGAGGCUUUGGCUUCCCCAUGUAGGAGGGCAGGCACACUCCUGGAGCUUGGGGGAAGGGGUCGGGAUGGUGUUGGGCUCAGGUGGCUCACAGGAUCCUUCUGGACAACAGUAGUCAGCUCGCCCACAUCUCCUUCACAAUCUUCCACUGCACAUUUCCCAACAAAAUUAGAAGCAGAGUCAUUGACCACAUCCCAUUACACUCCUGUAUCGAAUGAGGAUGGUAUCUUGUGCUAGUUCACGGCUGAGUGAUGCCUGACUCAUCCAGAUGGAAGAGUCCGGCUUCCCAGCUGCAGCCCCAGCUGCUUCAUUUUAUUUCCUUAAACAUGUCUACCUCAGUUCUUUAAGGGACGUUAGUUGUAAAGCAUGGAACACUUGCUACUCUAAAUUGCUCAACAGUAGAAGUUAGAGCCGAAGUGUAGAGUAAGCAAUCAGGGAUUCAAUUCCAGUGCUCCCCACGCCGCAGCAUGGCCAAGCCCCUGGCCGGAAGCAGCCGGGGUGGGGACUGUCCUGACCUCCCCUUGUCAUUGUGUCCGGGAGUCCCCACCUACAGGUCUGUGCUUCGGCUGGCGUGGGCUCAGGGCUGAUGUGCUCAUUGUGAUGAGCUCACGCUCCCUCCAUCUGCAGCUUCUCACAGCUCACCGAGUCCCUCCAGGCCCCAAGCUUCACCCCCACUCCCACUCCCACGGAGGGCCCGGGAUCCUCCAGUGACAGUUUUGGUCCCUGACAUGCGACUGCAGAGCUCCAUGUCCUGCGGGGUCUCGAGAGCAUCCCCUGGCAUUUUUGAAGUCUCGAUGCCUAGGGAAGAGAAAACAUCAUGUCGGUAAAGCUGCCAUCACUCUUCUGAUUCAUAUUUUGGGGGAAGACACUAAUGGGCUUUGGGUUUUGCAAUAGUAAUAACAGAGUUCUGUUCCGGCAUGGAGCAGUUUAAGGCAGGACUGUGUAAUAGGUUAUCUGCACUGUGGCCAGAAGUUUAUGGGGAGAUGAUGAAGUUGUUUGGGAAAGAGGCCGAGACCCGGGUGGAGCCCAGAGAAGGCUGAGAGUGAGGGUCCUCACUCUGGAGUGAGGCACCCAAAGGCCCCUCUGCAGGGAGAAAUGGUCGAAGGUGCAAGAGAGAGCCAGGAGUAGAUCCCUCAGCAGGGUCCAGCCCAGGGACCACUGGAGCUCUGAGCUCCAGGAUCCGGUUUUCUUGUGUUUCUAUUCUGCAGUAAGAUUCCUGGUCAAGCCUUUAGUAAAGUUUUGCUCAAGUUGGUCCUCGUCUUAUCUGUGUUUUGAUAAAAAGCCUGUGUCCACGUCUGGGGUAGCACGGUGAGCAUGGCUCUGGCCUGGAGAAGCCAGUUACAGUGGGACAAGAGUGUCCUAUAGGGAAUGGCGGGGCGGCCCAGGGGAAGAGAUGGGCUGGGCCACCAGCAGGAUGGAUUUGUGGGGCAGGUGAACAUCUCUGGGCAUUUCCAGGAAUGUUAGGAGGGCUCCUGGCAAGCUGGGUCUGAGGUGCUCUUUGGGUGUUCAAGGGCAGGCUGGAGACGUUGGGCACACCAAGGAGCACAAGCCCUGUAGACCCUGCAGGAAGUGGGACUCAAAGGCAAGCCAGCCAGCUAAUGGGGUCAGGGUUCCUUAGCCCCCUGCUGUCCUCUGGUCAAAGGCCAUCCCAUUGCUCAUCUGGGCAAGACAUUCCUCUGAAUUCAUUUCCUGCCCCUCUUUGAGAAGGCCCUGUUGAUGGCCAGCCCCAACCCUGGAAUGAAUCAUGCUGGUUAGUAGCAAAUUGGUGUCAUUAGCAGUAUUUGUUCAGAAACUGGACCAUCAUUGGGGGGG